AUGUUACAUCGUGACCAUGAAUUUGUUUGUUUAAUCGAAGAGUAUUUGAGCAGGAUUCAUAUUAGAGAAGAUGAAUUGAUCAGAGAACAAAAAACCUUGACGCAUACUUUAUUUAAAAGACAUACUAUUGAAGAUAUACCACUUGUGAAUCCCCGAAAGGUUACUGUUAAGGGAAGACCAAAAUCAGCAAGUCACAAGAAUGCUGCAAAAAUUACAUCACAAGAUACAGGAAAUAAAAAGAAACAUGGACAAUACACUUGCAGAUUUUGUAAAGAGCCAGGCCACAACGUAGCAACUUGUACAAAUAAGAUAGAAGAGUAA